GACUAAUGGCAGACUUGGAGUAAUUUCUUAAAAGCAUUCUUCAGGAAACCUUUUGCCUCAUCAUCUGGACCUUUUUGCAGAUUUGGAGUAAUUCGAAAUCGUUUCCAGUGAUGAACAUGCUAAUCCAUGCACAUUUCACAUUCAUGAGGAGUGGAACAUUGAUUGAUAUAAUGUUAAUGAUAUCAUGUUCUCCCAGUCUACAAAUACUGUCUGUAAAGCAAUUUACUCUGUUUUUCGACAUUGAGCCUACUCGAAUAGUUAUACAUAUGAUGGUAGGGUUGGGUGAAAAAGCAUGGUGGAUGUUUAUAUUUAAAGUUGUUUUAGUUCAACAACAGAGCAUUAAGGAAGUUUUGGAAAAGCUUGUUUUUAAUUAUCAUAUAACAUUGCAAUUCUUAGCAUUUUUUCCACGAAUAAGCUUGCUUCUAAAAUCCAGGGUAAAAAUGGACUUGCACAAAACUUGUCCUAUAAAACAGGUAUGUUCAGCUCACAGUUUUAUGGAUUUCAAAUUCAAUUCACAUUGAUCAAACCAGCAUGGAUCACUGUCAAAUAGCAUAUUGUGCUUAGCUGAAUAGCAGAAGUUGGGCCAGCAGAAGCGUAAUUCCUAAGUAACUUAUGGACUUGUAAAACAUGGAUCAGUGCUGUAUUGCUCCGAGUGGUCCACUGCUCCCAGUGUCCUGGAACACGAAUUAGAACCUUGCACCCUUUUUCUUUUCUUUCUCUCACAACUAGUCACUGAAGUAACGGAAAAUCGGGAUCAGUGAAAAAAAUAAAAAAAAUAAUUCUUACACUGAUUAUUUGCAGUGAAUUACCAAACUAAUUAUUUUUCAUUAGUUAUUUACAAAACAAAUAAAAAAGAUACUCGACCACUUUACAAGUCUUCUUCUUUUUAGUUAAAGUUGGCAUAAGUCUUCUUACUCACAAAAUAAAUCGAGAAAUCGGGAUCAUUGAAAUAAAUAGUGACCAUGCAAGUGACGUAACGUGAUCGGAAAAACACGACGUCAACACGGUGACGUGGUCCACAAGAACAAGUCAUUGCUAUUCCUACGAAGCAGUUUUAACUACUACUUUCUCGCAUUUCUUGCUCUCCUGAAUUUAAAUACUGCUCAGCCUCAGAGAGCGAUUCAAUAGGAAAGAAGAAACACAAUUCCAUAGAAAGAAAGGUCCAACCUAAGCGGCGUUUUGCGAGAUUAUAGAUCAACAAUGGCGGAUGGAACUCCCGGGGAUGUUCCAGAAAUUGUACCAUUUGAUCCUACUAAGAAGAAGAAAAAAAAGAAAGUGGUAAUUCAGGACACUGGGAAUGAUACUGCAGCUAAGUUAGCUGAGAAAACAGAGAACUUGUCGGUCUCUGAGGGAGUUGAAAACGCAUUUGUUGGUUUGAAAAAGAAGAAGAAGAAACCAGUAGAAUCUGAUUCCUUGAAUAAUGAGAAUGUCAAUAUGGGAGACGAUCUGGAUGAUGGUAUAGGUGAGGAUGAAGAAGGGGAAGCAAUUGUCUUGCCAACACGGUACCCGUGGGAAGGAAGUGAACGAGAUUACGAGUAUGAGGAGCUCCUAGGCAGAGUGUUUAAUAUCCUCCGGGAGAAUAAUCCAGAGCUUGCCGGAGAUAGACGAAGAACUGUUAUGCGGCCACCUCAAGUUCUUCGAGAAGGCACAAAGAAGACGGUCUUUGUGAAUUUCAUGGACCUGUGCAAGACGAUGCAUAGGCAGCCAGAGCAUGUGAUGACUUUCUUACUCGCUGAAAUGGGAACAAGUGGAUCUCUUGAUGGGCAGCAAAGAUUGGUUGUUAAGGGUAGAUUUGCUCCUAAAAACUUUGAGGGGAUUCUGCGAAGAUAUGUCAAUGAAUAUGUCAUAUGCAAUGGCUGCAAAAGUCCUGAUACAAUUCUUACAAAGGAGAACCGCCUCUUCUUUCUCAAAUGUGAACAGUGCGGUUCAGAGCGUUCUGUGGCGCCAAUUAAGGCUGGUUUUGUUGCUCGAGUUGGACGUAGGAAGGCUGGAACAUGAUCCAGCUGUCUUCUAUUCAAUAUUCACGAGGCUUCUCUUGUUAACAAAAAAAAUCCGAAUCUAUUAUGAAAUGUUCCUUUUAUUUUAAGAGAAACAUCAAGUUGUUCUCAUUUUGUUCUCUCAUUUCAACUAGAGAAAUAUCAACUAGUUCACAUUUUGCUUCUUUGACCUACUUCGUUAGCUGUCAUAUUGUGGAUUCUGAGCUUCCAUGCAGACUUUAGAAUUCUGCAGGUUUAGAAUGCAGAAGGUAUUUGAUUUUUGUGUGCGGGUGCAAAAUUCCAUGAGUUCAUUUGGGAGGAAAGAGAACAGAGUGCAUGGGAGCAAAAAGCGAAUUCGAGAACGGUGGUUCGAAAAGGGCAAAAUAUAAGUCAUAC